CUCUUCCUCCCGAAGGGCCGGGCGAGGGGAGCCGCUGCUCGGUGCGGAUCUCAGCUUGCGCCCCCGCGUGGGUGAUGGUGGGCGCCCGCACCCCGCUCUGCUGGCCGGGAUGUGCGCGAUGGGCUGCGGGGAGGGAGCGGCGGUCAGCGGUAGCGGCUGCCAUGACAACCCGCGGCCCGGCCGGCGCGGCAGGACUGCUCCCGGGAGGCGGCCGCUGAGCCGAGCGAAGUGGAGCCAAGCGCGUCCCCGCGUCCCCAGCCGCGUCCCCGGAGGAGGGGGGCGCAGUCCGCCCAGCUUCCCGGUGCGCCCCGAGCCUGCGCCGGGCGGCGCUCCCUUCGCGGGCUGGGAGCGCGGGGUCGCCUGGCCUCCAGUCUCAGCCCGGGCUGCGGGCGAGGACACCAGGCAGCGUGGGAGGAUCCUCUUCCUCCAGCCCAGUCGGCGGGUCCCCACGGUGGAACUUUUUUUUUCUUUUUUUUUUUCUUCCGCCUUGGGGUUCUGGAUCGGAGUCCUGGGCUGGUUUCUAAAUCUAACUCCAUAUAUAUGCCAUCUAAUAAAACAGUUUCUCCUCUCCUGGAAGCUGCUGCUUUUUUAUCUUAUCUUAUUAUUUAUUUAUUUAUUUAUUUUUAUGACAUCUCCUUUCUGUCAGAGCCACUUCUUCUCUUCUCUGGGUUAUAAACUUUUGAUGCCACAUCUCUGCAGAACGUGCCCAAGUGAAUCUUAAAGUAGCAGCUUGAAGAGGGAGGCAGAGAAAGAGCAAUCUGUGACCUUCAUCCCUGCACCUUCCUCCUUCCUCUCCCUUCUCGGCUGCCUCCCUCCUCCCCAGGGGAGCGGCAAGGAAGCUCUUUUUGGAUGCAGGAGGGGGCAUGUGGUUCUGCUGGGCUGGAAAGCUGAGGCAGGAUUUGAGGAAGAAUCAGUAGACUCCGGAGAUCCUGGACUUCUUCCUGCUCCUGCCCCAUCUCUGCUUCUGGCCCGCCUGUUCUUGCGCACCAGCCCCUCACCAUUCAGAGACCCGCCUGCGCUUGGGACUGGGGGCCAAGGACCAUCCCAUCACUGCUGGAGUUGCGGGAAGUUGUGGCUGUCGAGGAUGGGGGUCUGUGGGUCCCUGUUCCAGCCCUGGAAGUGCCUCGUGGUUGUGUCUCUCAGGCUGCUGUUCCUUGUACCCACAGGAGUGCCAGUGCGCAGUGGAGAUGCCACCUUUCCCAAAGCUAUGGACAACGUGACGGUCCGGCAGGGGGAGAGCGCCACCCUCAGGUGUACCAUCGAUGAUAGAGUCACUCGAGUGGCCUGGCUAAACCGCAGCACCAUCCUCUACGCCGGGAAUGACAAGUGGUCCAUAGACCCUCGUGUGAUUAUCCUGGUCAACACACCAACCCAGUACAGCAUCAUGAUCCAGAACGUGGAUGUGUACGACGAGGGCCCCUACACCUGCUCCGUGCAGACAGACAACCAUCCCAAGACCUCCCGGGUCCACCUCAUAGUGCAAGUUCCUCCCCAGAUCAUGAAUAUUUCUUCAGAUGUUACUGUGAAUGAAGGAAGCAGCGUGACCCUCCUGUGUCUUGCUAUUGGGAGGCCAGAACCUACCGUGACGUGGAGACACCUUUCAGUCAAGGGCCAGGGCUUUGUGAGUGAAGAUGAAUACCUGGAAAUCUCUGACAUCAAACGUGACCAGUCUGGGGAAUACGAAUGCAGCGCCUUGAAUGAUGUGGCUGCACCCGAUGUUCGGAAAGUAAAAAUCACCGUAAACUACCCUCCCUAUAUCUCAAAAGCCAAGAACACUGGCGUCUCAGUUGGUCAGAAGGGCAUCUUAAGCUGUGAAGCCUCGGCAGUGCCUACAGCUGAAUUCCAGUGGUUCAAGGAAGACACCAGGCUAGCCACUGGUCUGGAUGGCGUGAGGAUUGAGAACAAAGGACGCAUAUCCACUCUCACUUUCUUCAAUGUUUCAGAAAAGGAUUAUGGGAACUAUACUUGUGUGGCCACAAACAAGCUUGGGAACACCAAUGCUAGCAUCACACUGUAUGGGCCUGGAGCAGUCAUUGAUGGUGUAAACUCGGCCUCUAGAGCGCUGGCUUGUCUCUGGCUAUCAGGGACCCUCUUUGCCCACUUCUUCAUCAAGUUUUGAUAAGAAACCAUAGGUCCUCUGAGCAACGCCUGCUUCUCCAUAUCACAGACUCUGUAAUCUACACUGCAGAGGGCAAACUAGUUUGGCUUCCUUUUUAGUUUCUGUUCCUUCUUGAUUUCUUUUUUCAAAAGAAUGCUUUCUGUUGGUUGGUUGGUUGGUUGGUUGGUUGGUUGGUUGGUUGGUUGGUUGGUUUUUGUUUGAUUUUCUUUUUCCAGAUUGAGUGAUCCAG